UACCAAGACUCAAGAGUGUACGAUAACAGUAUGACGGAGAAAGAAGUCGAUCCAGAGGGAAAUUUGAUAGAUAUCUCAACUGUACUAAGCAAAAAUGGCCAAUCUUCAGAAUAAGGAUGAAGGCUCUGAUGAUCUGGACUCCCUUCCAAAAAUCAAGCCUAAUACCGAACCUUCUCGCAGAGAGGAUGAACAACCAUCGGCAGUCGAAGCAGAGAAGAGGAAGCUGGGUGAGGAAGGUGACAAGAGUGGAGAAGAGAACAGUGCCACAAAAAAACAGAAAAUCUCAAUGGGCUUCACCAAGUCUUUUAAUUCAGCUAAGUUUCUUCAGACGCAAGAUAAGAAAAACCCAAUGGCAAUUUCAAUAAAACUAGGAAUGCAGAAACCAAAAGAGCCUCCUCAAACCCUGAAGAAAACUAGUGCCUCUGUUGCUGAAGUCUUUAACCAAGAUAGUGACGAUGAUGAAGAAAUGCCCCCCGAAGCCAAAAUGAGGAUGAGAAACCUUGGAAGGGAUACGCCCACAUCAGCAGGACCUAAUUCUUAUGGAAAAACACGACAAGGAUUCUGUGACAUGAAAAAAGUGUUUGAACGACAACUUAAAGAGAAGAUGGAUGAAAUAUCAAAUAAAUAAACCUUAUAUUCACAUGUGACUUACAUUCUCUGGUCAGUUCUUAUGUCUAUUUACUAACAUCCAAAGAUCACCUGGUAUUAGUUCAGCUAUAUUGUUGCUUAUAUGAACCAAUACCUUAAUAUAUUACGGAUUUUAAUACAAACACAUUAGUUUUCACCAUAUGAUUAGAUCCAUCCAAAACAUUCAAAUUAUUUUAUUUGUGCAGUACUAAAGGUCACCUAACAAAUCAUUAGAAAUCUGCAUUCUACACUUUUGAUAAAAACUAGAAAGAUUUGCCUUUAACAAUGUUUGUGUAUAGUAACCCUGUUUUACUCCAGUAAUUUGAAAUCAUUAUUCACAACAAAAAUGUAAGUUCUUGAAAUAUCAAACUGUUUUUAAGUACUUUGUUUCCGAGAUUUAAAAGCUUUAGUGUAGAACAACAAAAGUAACUUGAACAGUCUCAAAAUGAGGAAGAAAUAUUCAUUUAGAAAAAUUCAUUAAUUAUUACUUCAGGGGAAUUUUAUAUGAUAAAGGUGAUUCACUUGUAUAUUUUUGUUUUUGGUCUAUCCCAAAGUCUCGAGGAAAUCCACUGGUUAGUUGCAGUUCUUCAGUGUUUACUAAUAUAGUUUUCCUUGAUCAUGUGUUUUAUCCAUGCAAAGUUUAAAGAAAGGAAUUUUGAGUUUUCUACAUUGAAAUGAACAAUUUCUUAGCUUUUACAGUAACAUAAAGUAAAUAGCUGUUUUAUUUCCAUUGUUGAAACUAACAUAGAUCAGUGACUUUCAGAUGUGUGUGUGUGUAUGUUUUUAUUUUCUUUGUGCUCCAGUUGUGUUAAACUAGUGUAAUGAACAUUUGUUGUAAUGUGAAGUUCAUGAGGAUUUGCUGUUUGCUUGGAUGAAAAUGUUAUUAAAGAUUAUCUUAGGACUCUUAUUUCUUUCUAUAUUAUGUCAAUACAAUGAAAUUGCUAACGUGGAAUUAAAUAAAAGUUCCAUAGAACAUUUC